CCUUCCAGAACCUUCCCUCCUCCCCUCCCCUUCGAUAUCCCCCAUGCCGGCGGCGACGGCGAUAUCGCCCUCUCAGGGAGCCUCCGCCGCCCGGCGCCCGACCAACCCCCUCCACCGCGCCGCCUCCUCCCCCUCCCCCUCCUGCUUCAAGCCCCCGCAGCCGAGGCGGCGGCCGCUGCCCCGAGGCGCCGCCUCCGCCUCCGCCGGACUCCCCGCCGCCCGCUGCAAGGCCGCCGGGCCCUCCGCCGCCGACCACGUGGGCGAUGUGGAGGAGCAGACAUGGGACGAGGUCGUCCUGGGGUGUGAGACAGCGGUGCUGGUCGCGUUCUGGGCGCCAUGGUGCGGCCCCUGCCGCCUGAUGCACCCCAUCAUCGCAGACCUGGCCAAGGCCUAUGCCGGCAAGCUGAGAUGUCUGAGGGUGAACACGGACGAGAACCAGGAGGUGGCCUCGAGGUAUGGCAUCAGGAGCAUCCCCACCAUCCUCAUCUUCAAGGACGGCGAGAGAAAGGAAACAGUUAUCGGUGCCAUUGCAGACACGGCAUUGGCCGCCACAGUCGACAGGUUCUUGUGAGCCUACAGUGGCAUGCUGUAACAUAGUACAUGCUGAUCCGAGUGAACAGAUUUUGCAACGAGCCUAGGAUUCUACUAGCUCUGCUUCCAUGAUUUUUUUGUGAAAUCGGACUGAGUUUUCGUGCACACGGGAAUAAUUUGCUGUCAUCGCUUCUGAUUUGAUGAUAAUCAAACCUGCAAGAGGAUGACCAGUUUUAAUGGCGACUAUUAUUGGUUGGGCCAUAUGUAUGUUGCUUUCUUGUAUAUCUGACGGUCACAUUUUUCU